AUGCCACGUUGUCCGCCCUCCUCCGAUGCCGUAUGUCCGCCUCCUCCGAUGCCGCCGACCGAUACGUUGUCCGCCCUCCUCCGAUGCCGAAUUUUAUCCGUUGUCCGCCCUCCGAUGCCGAAUUGUCUGCUGUCCGCCCUCCGAUGCCGAAUUGAUACGUUGUCCGCCCCUCCGAUGCCGAAUUUAUACGCCGUCCGCCCUCCCGAUGCCGCCGAUGUUGUCCGCCCAUCCGUAUACGUUGUCCGCCCUCCUCCGAUGCCUGAAUUUAUACGUUGUCCGCCCUCCUCUUUGAUGUCGAAUUCAUCCGUUGGUCCGCCUCCUCCGAUGACGAAUUUAUCCAUUGUCCGCCCUCCUCUGAUGCCGAAUUUAUCCGUUGUCCCGCCCUCCUCCGAUGCCGAAUUUAUCCAUUGUCCGCCCUCCUCCGAUGCUGAAUUUAUCCGUUGUCCGCCUCCUCCGAUGCCGAAUUAUACGUUGUCCGCCUCCUCCGAUGCCGAAUUUAUCCAUUGUCCGCCCGCCUCCGAUGCUCCAUUUAUCCAUUGUCCGCCCUCCUCCGAUGCCGAAUUACUAUCCGUUGUCCGGGCCCUCCUCCGAUGCCGAAUUUAUCCAUUGUCCGCCCUCCCAUCUUUAUGUCCGCCCCUCCUCCGAUGCCGAAUUAUCCGAUGUCCGCCCUCCUCGAUGCCGAAUUUAUACGUUGGUCCUCCGAUGCCCUCCGCCCUCCGAUGCCAAAUUUUAUCCGUUGUCCGCCCCGCCUCCGAUGCCGAAUUUAUACGCGUCCGCCUCCUCCGAUGUCGAAUUUAUCCGUUGUCCGCCCUCCUCCGAUGCCGAACCCAUACGUUGUCCGCCCCUCCUCCGAUGCCGAAUUUAUACUCCGUUGUCCGCCGAUGCCAUCCAUUGUCCGCCCUCCUCCGAUGCCGAAUUUAUACGUUGUCCGCCCUCCUCCGAUGCCGAAUUUAUCCGUUGUCCGCCCCUCCGAUGCCGAAUUUAUCCGUUGUCCGCCCUCCUCCGAUGCCGAAUUUUUAUCCAUUGUCCGCCCUCCUCCGAUGCCGAAUUUACGUUGUCCGUCCGAUGCCGAACCCUCCGCCUCCGAUGCCGAAUUUAUCCAGCUUUCGGGCCCUCCGAUGCCGAAUUUAUACGUUGUCCGCCCUCCGGAUGCCGAAUUAUCCAUUGUCCGCCCUCCUCCGAUGCCGAAUUUUAUCCGUUGUCCGCCCUCCUCCGAUGCCGAAUUUAUCCAUUGUCCGCCGAUGUCGAAUUUAUCCAUUGUCCGAUGCCGAAUUUUAUACGUUGUCCGCCCUCCUCCGAUGCCGAAUUUAUCCGUUGUCCGCCCUUCGAUGCCGAAUUUAUACGUUGUCCGCCCUCCUCCGAUGCCGAAUUUAUCCAUCCAUCGAUCCGAAUUUAUAUUGUCCGCCUCCGAUGCGGAAUUUCAUACGUUGUCCGCCCUCCUCUGAUGCCGAAUUUAUCCGUUGUCCGCCCCUCCUUUCGAUGUCGAAUUUAUCCGUUGUCCGCACCUCCUCCGAUGUCGAAUUUAUCCAUUGUCCGGUCCUUGUCCGCCCGUUGUCCGCCCUCCGAUGCUGA